GUAUGAAGAAUGCAACUAAUUCAGAAAGUAUUCACAAAAUAAAAAAUGAACAUUUAUACAAGCAGCAAUCAAAUAAAGAAACACAGAAAAGGACAGAUUUAAGUUGGUGGCUACUAUUUGGAAUUAUUAUAAUACUAACAGCAGGAACAAGAUUUUAUAAAGUUGCAGAGCCCCAGCAUGUUUGUUGGGAUGAGACUCAUUUUGGUAAGAUGGGAAGUUGGUACAUAAAUAGAACAUUCUUUUUUGAUGUUCAUCCUCCACUUGGAAAGAUGUUAAUAGCAUUAUCUGGAUAUUUAACUGGAUAUGAUGGAACAUUUCCCUUUGAGAAACCAGGGGAUAAAUUUGAAAAUGUUAAAUAUAUUGGUAUGAGAAUAUUUUGUACGUGUUUAGGUGCAUCUAUUGUCCCUUUAUCUUAUCUCAUUGUAUGGGACUUGACAAAAUCUGUUAAGGCAGCUGUAUUUUCUGCAUUAUUUAUCUUGUUUGAUGUGGGGCUACUGACAUUGAACCAAUAUAUUUUAUUGGAUCCCAUACUCUUAUGCUUCAUGAUGUGUGCAACUUGGGGAAUGGCGCAUACUGGUUCACUUCGUGAUGAACCAUUCACGUGGAAAUGGUGGGGUUGGUUAUCAUUCACAGGAAUAUCACUUGCAUGUACAAUUAGUGUAAAAUUUGUUGGUUUAUUUGUCGUACUUUUGGUUGGACUGUAUACCGCUUUUGAAUUAUGGAGAGAAUUAGGAGAUCUUACAAAACCUAUUACGUAUGUAGCGAAGCAUUUAUUAGCGCGAUGUAUUUGUCUGAUUUUAUUACCGAUAUUGUUAUACAUGUUAUUUUUUUACAUCCAUCUUACUGUUUUAAAUAAAAGUGGAAGUGGAGAUGGAUUUUAUAGUUCUGAAUUCCAGUCCUUAUUAGAAGGAAAUUCAUUGUACAAUGCAACCAUGCCACGGCAAUUGGCUUAUGGGGCUACAAUUACGUUAAAAAAUCACCGUACUGGUGGUGGAUAUUUACAUUCUCACUGGCAUCUUUAUCCUGAGGGUGUUGGAGCUAGACAGCAACAAAUCACAACUUAUUCGCAUAAAGAUGAUAAUAAUUUAUGGUUGGUAAAAAAAUUUGAUACUGACGAUAUUCCACCGGAACCAGUAUUAGUAAGACACGGUGAUCUCAUACGCUUAGAGCAUGUUAUUACACGACGUAAUUUACAUUCACAUAAGGAAAUUGCGCCUAUUUCUAAGAAACACUAUCAAGUUACUGGAUACGGUGAGAAUGGUACUGGCGAUGCCAAUGAUGUAUGGAAAAUCAUGAUAAUAAACGGUAAAGAUGGUGAUGUGAUCGAAACGGUAACAAGUAAAUUAAAGUUUGUGCACUAUCUACAUCAUUGCGUUCUAACGUGUAGCGGCAAAACAUUGCCUAAAUGGGCAUACAGUCAGCAAGAAGUCUCUUGUAACCCAAACAUGAGAGAUAAAAAUGCGCUAUGGAACAUUGAAGAUAAUAACUAUGCAAAGUUACCAAACGUUAGUUUCCAAGUAUAUGCGCCAGGAUUUUUGGAUAGAUUUUUCGAGUCGCAUGCAGUCAUGUUGCAAGGAAAUUCAGAUUUGAAAGUAAAGGAAGGAGAAGUAUCGUCGCGCCCUUGGCAGUGGCCCAUUAAUUAUAGGGGUCAAUUUUUUUCUGGCAGUGAUUUAAGAAUAUAUUUACUCGGUAAUCCGAUUAUAUGGUGGAGUAAUAUCGUAUUCUUAAUACUUUUUAUUAUAUUAUAUAUUCAUGCAUGUGUACGGCAACAACGUGGUUGCGUGGAAAGUCCUGCUGUCCUUGAACAAAGGAAUAGGAUAGUAAAUGCAGGAAAGUGGCUCUUCAUUGGCUGGAUAUUGCAUUAUGCACCAUUUUGGGCAAUGAGUAGAGUCUUAUAUUUCCAUCAUUAUUUCCCAGCUUUAUUGUAUAGUUCAAUGUUAACUGGAAUAACUCUGAAUUAUGUUAUCGACAGUUUACUUAUUUUAUUUCCAAAUAGAAUUGGAAAUGUUUUUUAUCAUACAAUAGUGGGUACUGUUAUUUCAAGUACUGUAUAUAGUUUUUACUUAUUUUCUCCAUUGGCUUAUGGUAUGGUAGGUUCCUCUUCGUCAGACCCUGACAAUCCAAUGCAUUCUCUAAGAUGGAUGGAUACUUGGGAAUUUUAACAAAGUACUUUUGUUAAGCAAGUAAAAUGUUUCAAGUAACAAGGUAUCAUAGAUCUAUUUAUAAGUUUUCUUAAAGAGAUAAUAAUUUGUACAUAUCAAUUUUUUAUACGUCUUUUAUAAAUAUAACAAAAUUUUUAAUAAAA